GUUAACGCUCCGUAGCGUAGCGUAGUCAUAUCUUUCUAUCAUUCUUCCAUAUGUAUAGCGUAAACGACUGGCACCUUGGCUACGCACCCUGGUAUUUAAUCGUACGAUUAUUAAAAAAAACCGGCCAAGUGCUAGUCGGUCUCGCGCACGAAGGGUUCCGUACCAUUAUCUAAAUAUCACUUUUUUGUAUGGGAGCCCCCUUCUGUAUUUAGUUUAUUCUGUUUUUAGUAUUUGUUGUUAUAGCGGCAACAGAAAUACAUAAUCUGUAGAAAUUUCAACUGGCUAACUAUCGCGGUUCAUGAGAUACAGCCUGGUGACAGACGGAUGGACGGACGGACAGUGGAGUCUCAGUAAUAGAGUCCCGUUUGACCCUUGGGUACGGAACCCUAAAAAAAUAGCGAAACCAAACAAGUGCCGUGAAAUUUCAAUAUUAGAAGUCGACGAACAUUCAAUUUGAAACACUAAUAAUGAAUUGGGUGUGUUAAUUAAUUUCUAAUCGGCAUAUAAAAACAAAACGUACGUCCAUACUCCAUGGCGUUUAAAAACUAUCAUGUUAGGAGCACUUGUGUUGGCGUGUGUUUGUGGGUUGGCUUCCAUAGCCUCCGGUUGUGAAGAGAGAACAGUCAUCAAACCACAUCUGAAAAAACUGAGACUACAUCCUGACCUUGCUGAAGAUGCUAAUUUGAGAGUGCCAAGUUUGGUCCGGAAGUACGGGUACCCACUGGAGGAACACCAGGUCACCACCAGCGACCAGUACGUCCUGACCAUGCACCGGAUUCCCUACGGACGAUAUAACAACAGGAAAAGAAACAGGCCUGUCGUUUUCGUUAUGCACGGACUUUUAUCUUCUUCUGCAGAUUUUGUUGUGACUGGACCUGGGAAAGCUUUAGCUUACAUUCUAGCCGAGGAAGGCUUCGACGUAUGGCUCGGCAACGCCCGUGGCAACCGCUACUCACGCCAGCACGCCUACCUAAACCCCAGGAACCCUAACUUCUGGAAGUUCUCCUGGGACGAGAUCGGGAACAUAGACUUGCCGGCCAUGAUUGAUUAUGUUUUGGUGAAGACGAAUAAAAGGAAGCUUCAUUACAUAGGGCAUUCACAGGGCACCACAUCUUUCUGGGUCAUGUGCUCGCUGAGACCCGAAUACAACCACAAGAUUAUCUCCAUGCACGCCCUGGCCCCUGUGGCUUAUUUAUCUCACAAUAAGUGUCCUCUCCUGCAUGUUAUAGCACCGUUUUCUAAUUUCAUCGCUAAAUUUCUAGCUAUGAUCGGAAAAGCAGAAUUUAUGCCUAACAAGCUCCUUUUGAAGUGGGCCGGAGCGGCACUCUGCAGAGACGGGGCUAUCUUUCAAGAGCUCUGCAGCAACAUAUACUUCCUGAUUGGUGGUUGGAACUCCGUGGAGUUAAACAGGACUAUAAUCCCAGUAAUCCUAGGCCACUUCCCAGCAGGCGCGUCCGUCUACCAAAUUGCCCACUACGGCCAGGUCAUGGCUAGCAAGGAGUUCCGUCGCUUCAACUACGGUCUCGCCAACAUAAGGAUCUACAAAAACAUGAGACCACCACGAUACGACCUGCACAAAAUUACAGCUCCAGUAUUCUUUCAUUACUCCUUAUCUGAUCCCUUGGCACAUGUCAAAGAUGUAGAAAGAUUGGGAAGGGAGAUCGGUAAUCUUAAAGCAAUGCGGGUCAUACCUAUGAGCACUUUCAGCCACUUUGAUUUUCUUAUGGGAAUAAACGCGAAGAGGCUUGUGUAUGAUCAGGUCAUUUCUGAUAUGAGGAGAAUGGAAAGGAAAUAAAUAUUUUGGAAUACA